GGAUCGUUUGUGGGUGGAGAGAGUGAGAGGCGCGUCCGGUAAUGAGGAUACGGCGUCGUUUGAUAUAACAGAGAAGGUGAGAAGAGAGACACCCAGUUGUCGAGAGCGGGCUCGAAGCUCACAACAACCUCACAGACCAGCCCAUCAUUGACACGUCCAUCCCUUUUGUGGAGUAAUUCGUCAACUGUUUUGAGAGUGAGCUCAAUUUCACGGAGCUCAUCAUGGCGGACGGUGCGACAAAUGACGAGAAGGGGGACAACUACAGAACGAACGCCAUCAUGCUCCAGAACAACCACACAGGCGAUGGCAAUGACGGUGCUAACCACGCCAUGAACAACGGCGACAAGACAACCAAGUUGGCCCUAGAUUUUGAACCGUCAGGGGCAGUGCAGACAGCAGAGCCCCUCUCAGAAAAAGCCAAGCUUGAGCCUGUGGUUGAGAUCGAAACUGAAAAUUUGCUAAAAGAUGAAAUCGAUGACAACGAGUACUGGACCGACGAAGAUGAGGAAGAGGAUGAAGAAGAGACGAAGAAAGAGGGAAUCUUGUCCAAAUUCGUGAUAAGCGUGCAGCAGAUCAUUAUCCGGACCUACUACACGCUCAUGAAAGUGACCAAAGGCCACCUGAUUAAAGUUGUCUUCUUGAUUCUCUAUGCCGUGUACUUCGUGAGAGCUAUGAUUUAUGAAUUUGGAAGUGAGGCAUCUCACCGUCUGUUGGGUUUCACAAUCCUUGGAGUCGUAAUUGCCACCCGCAAUCUCAUCAUGCAAGCUUAUAACAGACUUUUCAGAGCUUGUGUUGGAAGUUCUUCCUUUGGCCCAACAGGACAGAGACGAAUGGACAAGAUACGAUUAGCACUACGAUGGUUCAUGUACUUUGCUUUAGCUGGAGUGGUUAUCUACACUGUGGUGGACGAAGGGAUCGACGAACCGAAGAACCUGCGCUCGUUACCAGGGCUAGUUGUCAUGUUGUUGAUCCCAUUGUUCUUCUCUACCCACCCCAGCAAGAUCAACUGGCACACCAUCUACUGGAGUGUUGGCCUGCAGUUUCUCUUGGCGUUGUCUGUCCUCAAGUGGGACACUGGUCGGGAUGUGGUGCUGUGGAUACAGGACAGGCUGGACGAGUUCUUUGCAAACUCCGAAGAGGGCUCUGUCCUGCUCUUUGGACAGUCUUACAGGGACCAUUACAUGAUUUUUGGGGCCCUGCCUAUUGUGUUCUUCGCUAACGCCGUGAUUACCGCCUUGUAUUAUCUUGGAGCUCUGCAGUUCGUCGUCCGGGUCAUGGGCAACGCGCUCAAUUUUUGCUUGGACACAUCGCCCGUCGAGUCAAUGGCUGUGACUGGUGGGAUCUUUAUUGAAGGGAUCACGUCACUCCUGGCUCUGAGGCCUUACUUGAAAAAAUGUUCAAAGUCUCAGCUGUUCGUUGUUAUCACCUCUGUUUUCUCAUCUUUGGGAGGUGCCUAUCUUGCAAUCUUGUCAUCACUGGGGGUAUCCUUGGAAUUUCUUAUCCCCGCUAUGGUGGUGUCUGCCCCUGCGACGUUUGCUGUGUGCAAACUCAUGAUUCCGGAGACUAAAUGGAAGAAAGAAAAAGACAAAAACCGUCAGCUGGUGGUUGACGAGUCAGAGAUGUCGCAAUACACGGGCCUGAUGGACGCCGCCCAAGCCGGUGCGACUAACAUGCUGGCACUGGUUGGCAACGUUGCUGUGGUUGGCUUUGCCUUUUUCACCGCCAUCUCUUGGAUAAACCACACCCUUUCUUGGAUUGGUGACCGCGUUGGGAUUCGCAAACUCACAAUUGAGCUCAUUUCUUCAUAUGUCCUGUAUCCCGUUGCCCUCCUCAUGGGAAUCGACCCUUCGGAUUGCCGCAACGUAGGCAUGUUGCUGGGCUACAGAAUAGGCAUAAACAACAUCAUUGCCUUCUUCAAGUUGGCAGAAAUGAAGAUGAAUCGUGCUCAAUACGACCAGUACAUGCUGGCCACAAACUUCACAGGCCCAGUGAGCGAGACGAGGGAUGACGUGAUACUCGACCUGUGGAACGUUACUUUGAAUAACGGUUUUAUCAGCGACCGAUCUGAAGCUAUCGUUACAUACAGUCUCUGUGGUUUCUCCAGGUUCGUUGACACCUUUCCCAACUGUGUGAUAUAUAUCAACCAAUGUAUUCAAUUAAUCAUGAUCCCCCCCCCCUCUCCUCUCCUUCUACUUCUAAUUUUGUUUUUUGUCUAAUUGCCUUCUCGUUCUGUCGUUCUGACCGGCAUCAAAUG